AUGGCCUCCGACCUGGGGCCCGAAAGUCAUCUCAAAAACAAUCUCGAUUCCGAUAUGUUGUCUUCAUUUUCCUUAGUCGUCCCCGGUUCUCUCCAUUCCACUAAUAUCGCCGACCCGGUUGCCAUCUUCACCGCCAAGCGCAAGUACAAACCGGUCGCACAGAAAACACGACCAGUCCUGGCCGACCUCCCCGAAAAGUUCCGAAUCGUUCGGAACAUCCUUGGUGACCCUCUCGCCACCCUUCCGACACUGACACCAAACCCACCACCCUUCACGCCGACUGGACGAUACACAGCCGAACAACGCGACCUCAUCGAUAGAGUCCACUCAGACGACUUCCUUUGGCCGGCCGAACGACAGCUCAUGCACCAUUUCAUGUGUCUACAAGAGAUGGGAUUCGCCUGGGACGACUCGGAACGCGGACGUUUCCGCGAGGACUUCUUCCCACCAGUCAAUAUGCCGGUAGUCGAGCACAAGCCCUGGAUCGCCGCUGGAGUCUAUGAGCCGUCGAAUUCGUCCUACCGAUCGCGCUGGUUUACAGUCGUCAAGAAGACGAAUAGCACCUCCACUGGCACCAAACUCCGAAUCGUUCACAGCCUCGAACCCCUGAACGCCGUCACCAUCCAGCAUUCAGGUGUGCCCCCAUAUACCGAUCAGAUCGCUGAACAGUUUGCAGCUCGCGCGUGCGGCGGCAUUCUGGAUCUCUAUGUCGGUGAUACGCUAGAGGUGGCUCUAAGUGCCGAGCACAACACCAAAACAACCUCUAAUGCAGGGGGUGCUGGAGCUAGUAUCUAA